AUGUGGGGGAGAAGUCAAGACAAAACAUCGGAACAACCGAAAGAGUCGCCAAAGGAGGAUGGCGCCAAGACCUUCGACCCGGAAAAGCUCCCGGCACGUGAGAAGCUGCCGAAGGCGCUGCAGAAUAUAGUCGACAAGUCGGACCGGGACGACAACUUCUUCGACGAGCUGGUGGACGGGUACGCGCCCGAGUCUACCGAGUCCAACCUCCGUUAUGCCGCCUACGCCACACGCAUCCGCACAAUCUUGAUGAGCGCUCAUAGAUAUGUAGCGUACACCUCUGACAUUGGUGAAUCCUUCCGGCCCGUCGCACAUCCGGCCCUCGUCCGUUCGGCGUAUGGAAUCUCAUGGCUGUACAUCCUCGGCGAUGUCAGCUACGAAGGCUACAAGGCAUACUGGUCGAACCAGCGCAUUCUCAACCCGCACCUUCAGCUUACAGCGCGUCAAGCGAAGAUUACGGGACUGCCGGAUGCCGUGUCGGACGCAACCACACCCAGCGAGGUCGUCCCCGCUGGCAAGGUUGCGCCUCUGGAUGACUACAGAGUUGUCAUGCUCCAGCGAGGCAUCUUCCAGAGCAUUGCUAGUAUGGGUCUUCCGGCCUUCACAAUCCACAGCGUGGUGAGGUACUCGGGCAGAGCGCUGAAGAAUGCCAAGAACACGAAGAUCAGGACCUGGGGACCGAUCGGCCUUGGUCUAGCCGUUGUACCCUUCUUACCGACUCUCUUCGACGAGCCGGUUGAGAAUGCGGUGGAAUGGAUUUUCCACAAGGGGUUCGAGUCCUACGGAGGCAAGGAGUUUGUCGGGGAUGCCCCGGUCACUGGUCGCGAGAACCUCCUGGCAAAGAGGCCGAAGGAAAAGGAAUUGUAG